CACUUAGUUGUUUAUUUCGUUGUGGGCGCCCCGAGGUCAGUUCUCAACUUUGGAUUUGUGUUUUAGGUCGCGCUGUACGCAUUGCGCGCGUGUUGGGUGACAUGUCAGCUGUUUUUACGAGGUCCAUUUUUUAUUUGCAGUCGAACUCUGCCCACUGGUGCCAUUUAAUGCAAUCUAUUUCUCCCUGGAAACAGUGGAUUUAAAUCUCAAAAGUACUGUAGACUAUUUAGUGAGCCCCUCUAGGCUUUAUUUCAAUCAUGCCUGCUGCUGAACUAAAUUUUCCUUUUACUGGAGAAGCAGAAGAAGACAUUAACACAUUACGCAAAAUGUGAUCUAACUCAAAUGUCUAUUCUCUUAGCAAAGGAGUUCCUGAAGCUAACUGUCCCAUUGGAGACCACCAUGUCUCGCUUUGACACCAACAUGUUUGGGGAGGCUGGACCGUUUUUGCGUAAAACGGAUUUGGAGUUGAUGGCUGCGCAGGGCAUAGCUUUUGACGGUAAGAAGCGCGCGUGGAUCCCGGAUGAGAAGGAGGCCUACGUCGAGGCGGAGAUCAAAGGACUGGACGGCGACAAGCUCAUCGUCGAGACCAAAGACGGCAGGACCCUGUCAGUGAGAGACGGGGACAUCCAGCAGAUGAACCCUCCUAAGUACGACAUGAUGGAGGACAUGGCCAUGCUGACCCACCUCAACGAGGCUUCGGUCCUCUUCAACCUGCGCCGCCGCUACGCCUCCUGGAUGAUCUACACCUACUCGGGGCUCUUCUGCGUGACGGUGAACCCCUACAAAUGGCUGCCGGUCUACACGCCGCCGGUGGUGGCCGCCUACAAGGGCAAACGCCGCUCUGAGGUCCCGCCCCACAUCUACUCCAUCGCCGAUAACGCCUACAACGACAUGCUGCGCAAUCGGGAGAAUCAAUCCAUGCUCAUCACCGGAGAAUCUGGUGCUGGCAAAACUGUCAACACGAAACGUGUCAUUCAGUAUUUUGCCAAUGUGGCCGCGCUGGGCGAUGGGCCGGCUAAGAAAGGACUGAGCAACGCCACCAAAGCAGGGGGCACACUGGAGGACCAGAUCAUUGAGGCCAACCCAGCCAUGGAGGCCUUCGGCAACGCCAAGACAUUGCGCAACGACAACUCGUCCCGCUUUGGCAAGUUUAUCAGGAUCCACUUCGGACAAACUGGCAAACUGGCCUCCUCUGACAUCGACAUAUAUCUUCUGGAAAAAUCCAGAGUGAUAUUCCAGCAGCCGGGCGAGCGCAGCUUCCACAUCUACUACCAGAUCAUGUCUCAGAGGAAACCCGAACUUCUCGACAUGCUGCUGGUCUCGACCAACCCCUACGACUACCACUUCUGCUCCCAGGGAGUGACCACCGUAGAGAGCAUGGACGAUGGGCAGGAGCUGAUGGGCACCGACCACGCCAUGGACAUCCUGGGCUUCCUGCCCGAGGAGAAGUACGGCUGCUACAAGAUAGUGGGCGCCAUCAUGCACUUUGGCAACAUGAAGUUCAAACAGAAGCAGCGUGAGGAGCAGGCCGAAGCGGACGGCACUGAGAUUGCCGACAAGGCCUCCUACCUGAUGGGCGUCAGCUCAGCGGAUCUCCUCAAGGGGCUGCUGCACCCCAGGGUGAAGGUGGGCCACGAGUACGUGGUGAAGGGGCAGAACGUUGAACAGGUGAACUACUCCGUUGGCGCUCUGGCCAAAGCCACGUACGACCGAAUGUUCAAAUGGCUGGUGGGCCGCAUCAACCGAACCCUCUACACCUCUCUGCCACGCCAGUACUUCAUCGGAGUGCUGGACAUCGCUGGCUUCGAGAUCUUCGAUCUGAACAGCUUUGAGCAGCUGUGCAUCAACUUCACCAAUGAGAAACUGCAACAGUUUUUCAACCACCACAUGUUCGUCCUGGAGCAGGAGGAGUACAAGCGAGAAGGCAUCGAAUGGACCUUCAUCGACUUUGGCCUCGACCUGCAGGCUUGCAUCGACCUAAUCGAAAAACCACUGGGCAUCAUGUCCAUCAUGGAAGAGGAGUGCAUGUUCCCCAAGGCCACCGAAAGCAGCUUCAAGGCCAAGAUGUACGACAAUCACAUCGGCAAGUCGCCCAACUUCCAGAAGCCUCGGCUGGACAAGAAGCGCAAAUACGAGUCCCACUUUGAGCUGAUGCACUAUGCCGGGCAGGUACCCUACAACAUCAUGGGCUGGCUGGAGAAAAACAAGGACCCUCUGAAUGAGACCGUGGUCCUCUGCUUCCAGAAGUCCUCCAACAAGCUGCUGGCCAGUCUGUAUGAGACCUUCAUCGGCUCAGACUCAGUUGCAGUGGAUCCCAAGCCAGGAGUGAAAGAGAAGAGGAAGAAGGGGGCGUCUUUCCAGACGGUCUCCCAGCUUCACAAGGAGAACCUGAACAAGCUGAUGACCAACCUCCGCAGCACCCAGCCCCACUUUGUGCGUUGCAUAAUCCCCAACGAGUCCAAGACUCCAGGGAUCAUGGACUCCUUCCUGGUCCUGCACCAGUUGCGCUGCAACGGCGUCCUGGAGGGCAUCAGGAUCUGCAGGAAGGGCUUCCCCAACCGCAUCAUCUACGCUGACUUCAAACAACGAUACCGCAUCCUGAACCCACACGCCAUCCCAGAUGACACGUUUGUGGACAGCAGGAAAGCCUCUGAGAAGCUCCUGGCCAGCCUGGAUGUGGACCACAACCAGUAUAGAUUUGGCCACACCAAGGUGUUCUUCAAGGCCGGGCUGCUGGGCGUCCUGGAGGAGCUGAGGGACGAGCGUCUGGCCAAGGUCCUCACCCUGCUGCAGGCCGCCAGCCGCCGCAGGGUCAUGAUGACGGAGCUGCUGAGGAUGAUGGAGAAGAGGGAUGCCCUGGGGAUAAUCCAGUGGAACAUCCGAUCGUUCAACGCGGUGAAGAACUGGCCCUGGAUGAAGCUCUUCUUCAAGAUCAAGCCCCUGCUGAGGAGUGCCGCCAGCGAGAAGGAGCUGGCCGCCCUGAAGGAGGAGAUGAGCCGGCUCAGAGAGGCCCUGGACCAAUCAGAGGUCAAGCGGCGAGACGUGGAGGAGAGGCAGGUCAGCCUGACCCAGGACAAGAACGACCUGUCUCUGCAGCUGCAGGCGGAGCAGGACAACCUGGCGGACGCGGAGGACCGCUGCGACCUGCUGAUCAAGACCAAGACCCAGCUGGAGGCGCGGCUGGAGGGGCUGCUGGAGCGGCUGGAGGAGGAGGAGGAGUCGGGCGCCAGCGUGCUGGCCAAGAAGAGGCAGCUGGAGGACGAGGGCGCCGAGCUGAAGAAGGACCUGGAUGACCUGGAGCUCACCCUGGCUAAGGUGGAGCGGGAGAAGCACGCCACGGAGAACAAGGUGAAGAACCUCACGGAGGAGAUGGCUGUCCUGGACGAGACCAUUGUGAGGCUGACCAGGGAGAAGAAGGCCCUGCAGGAGGCCCAGCAGCAGACCCUGGAUGACCUGCAGGCCGAGGAGGACAAGGUCAACUCCCUGACCAAGACCAAGGCCAAGCUGGAGCAGCUGGUGGAAGACCUGGAGGGCUCCCUGGAACAGGAGAAGAAGUCUCGCAUGGAACUGGAGCGCUUUAAACGCAAGCUGGAGGGAGACCUGAAGCUGUCCCUGGAGUCCGUCAUGGACCUGGAGAACGACAGGCAGCAGCUCCAAGAGCGGCUGAAGAAAAACGACUUUGAAAUGAAUGGGAUGAGCACAAAGCUUGAGGAUGAGCUGGCCUCGAUCAUCCAGCUCCAAAAGAAGAUCAAAGAGCAACAGGCUCGGGGGGAGGUGCUGGAGGAGGAGCUGGAGGAGGAGCGGGCGUGCCGGGCCAAGGUGGAGAAGCUGCGCGCGGACCUGGCGCGGGAGCUGGAGGAGCUCAGCGAGCGCCUGGAGGAGGCGGGCGGCGCCACCUCGGCGCAGGUGGAGGUGAACAAGAGGCGCGAGGCCGACUUCCAGAGGCUGCGGCGGGACCUGGAGGAGGCGCUGCUGCACCACGAGGCCACGGCGGCCGCGCUGCGCAAGAAGCACGCGGAUGGCACGGCGGAGCUGGCGGAGCAGGUGGACAGCCUGCAGCGCGUCAGGCAGAGGCUGGAGAAGGAGAGGGCCGAGGCCAAGAUGGAGGCAGACGACCUCCACGCCACCGUGGAGCACCUGUCCAUGGGCAAGAUCACCUCAGAGAAGACAUGCCGUCAGUUUGAGGACCAGAUGAAUGAAGCCAAGGCCAAAGCAGACGAGCUGCAGAGACAGCUCAACAACUCCACCAGCCAGAGGGCCAGAGCUCAAGCAGAGAGUGGUGAGCUUGGCAGGAAGCUGGAGGAUCAGGAGUCUGUGGUCACUCAGCUACAGCGCACCAAGAACUCCUUCAGCCAGAACUCAGAGGAGCUCAAGAAGCAGCUUGAGGAGGAGUACAAGGCUAAGAACGCACUGUCCCACGCGCUCCAGUCCUCCAUACACGACUGCGGACUCCUCCGGGAGCAGUAUGAGGAGGAGCAGGAGGCCAAGGCGGAGCUCCAGAGGGCGCUGUCCAAGAGCAACGGCGAGGUGGCCCAGUGGAGAACCAAGUACGAAACCGACGCCAUUCAGAGGACCGAGGAACUGGAGGAGGCCAAGAAAAAGCUUGUGGUGCGCCUCCAGGAGGCUGAGGAGAUGGUGGAGGUGUCCAACGCCAAGUCCUCCUCUCUGGAGAAGACCAAGCACCGGCUGCAGUCUGAGAUCGAGGACCUCGCCAUUGAUGUGGAACGAGCCAAUGCUGCAGCCGUUGCCCUGGACAAAAAGCAGCGUAACUUUGACAAGGUGCUGUCGGAGUGGAAGCAAAAGUAUGAGGAGUGCCAAGCUGACCUGGAGGGUGCCCAGAAAGAGUCCCGCGGUCUGAGCACAGACCUCUUCAAGCUCAAGAACUCCUACGAAGAAGCCCUGGAUCACCUGGAGACCAUGAAGCGGGAGAACAAGAACCUCCAGGAGGAAAUAACUGACCUGUCAGAUCAAAUCUGCCAAGGAGGGAAAACCAUCCACGAGUUGGAGAAGAUUAAGAAGGAGCUGGACAUCGAGAAAUCAGAGGUCCAGGCUGCGUUGGAGGAGGCUGAAGGCACCCUGGAGCACGAGGAGAGCAGGACCCUGCGCAUCCAGCUGGAGCUCAACCAGCUGAAGGCCGAUAUCGACCGCAAGCUGGCCGAGAAGGACGAGGAACUCGACAACCUUCGUCGAAACCACCAGAGGUCCCUGGAGACCAUUCAGGCCAGCCUGGAGGCUGAAACGAGGUCUCGCAACGAGGCGCUGCGCCUGAAGAAGAAGAUGGAGGGAGACCUGAACGAGAUGGAGCUGCAGCUCAGCCAGGCCAACAGGCAUGCAGCUGAAUCCCAGAAACUGCUGAGGAACCUGCAGGUCCAGAUAAAGGACGUUCAGCUUGAGCUGGACGAAACCCUCCACCAGAACGAGGAGCUGAAGGAGCAGACGGCCGUGACGGAGCGACGCAACGGCCUGCUGUUGGCCGAGGUGGAGGAGCUGCGGGCCCUGCUGGAGCAGAGCGAACGCGCCCGCAAGCUCGCCGAGCAGGAGCUCCAUGACUGCAGCGAGAGGGUCAACCUCCUGCACGCCCAGAACACCGGGCUGAUCAACCAGAAGAAGAGGCUGGAGAGCGAUCUGACCCUGCUGUCUGGGGAGGUGGACGUCGCCGUGCAGGAGGGCCAGAACACGGAGGAGAAGGCCAAGAAGGCCAUCGCCGAUGCGGCGAUGAUGGCGGAAGAACUGAAAAAGGAGCAGGACACAAGCUCUCACCUGGAGAGGAUGAAGAAGAACCUGGAGCAGACCAUCAAGGACCUUCAGAUGCGUCUGGACGAGGCGGAGCAGAUCGCCCUCAAGGGGGGCAAGAAGCAGAUCCAAAAGCUAGAGAAAAGGGUCAAGGAGGUUGAGGCGGAAGUGGAAUCUGAGCAAAAAAAGAGCACUGACUUACAGAAGGAAGUCCGCAAGUCUGAGAGGAGAAUCAAAGAGCUCAGCUACCAGACCGAGGAGGACAAGAAGAACCUGGUUCGUCUGCAGGACCUCAUAGACAAGCUGCAGGGCAAAGUGAAGAGCUAUAAAAGGCAGACUGAGGAAGCGGAGGCACAGGCCAACGCCAACCUCGUCAAGUCCAGGAAGCUCCAGCACGACCUGGGCGACGCGGAGGAGCGCGCCGCCGCGGCCGAGGCGCAGGUCAACACGCUGCGCGUGCGCACCCGGGACCAGGCGGCGAGCAAGCACGCCGAGUGAUGUGCCGAGGAUGACCGCAGUCGCCAAACAUAUCGCCGGGACCCGGCCGGAGGCAACAGCUGUGAAGAUGAAUCCAAAUAAAUGACUUCAGAUCCUUUAAACACACCCAACUGUUUGAUUUUUUUUUUUUUAAACAUCUCUUUUAGUGUCCUUUCUUAUUUUUUUUGUUUACAGGAUUAAAAUUACAAGACAGGAAGGAGAUUAAGAAUUAUUAUUUUUUAUUUUUUUUGUAUUUCACGAACAAGUUGUUAAACAAAAGGAAAAUUAAAUAUUCAAUAUCAGCAUGUGGAGGAUAGAAAAGCAGUAGGCAGGUGCUGGGUGAGAUAAUGGUAGAUAAAAAUACAAAUAAAAACUGCUGUCCUUUGUGCUAGUGUGUUAUCAAAAGUACGGAUGUGUCAGAAGGAGCUAUCGUGAUGGCGUACCAGUGUUCCAAAAUGCUAAGUGAACACCUUUUGAAAGUCAACCAUGAGCUUCCACCGAUUACUUCAAGCAAAAGGCAAAUGCUACAAAAAAACCAUUAAUUUAUGCUACAGCAUGAAAAUGUCUCGUCACCACCACCACAGUAGAACUACCGCAGUUCUUUUGGGUUUAAUAUACAACACCAGGAUGUCAACAAGGACAGUAUCUUAUCAUACAAUAUGACAUUAAUGCAGGCCCAGCUUAAAAACACCAUCAAAACUGCUAAAAAACCCUGCUGCUAUAUAUUGCUACUUGACAGAAUUCAAGCCAUCAAAAAGCACCCACGAUGCAGCAUGUUAGGCCACAGGUUUGAGUGUCAAGUGAGACCAUAUACGCUCAACGGGUGAAAUAAAUAAAAGGCCAUUUGGCAUUAAAAGCAACUCGAGAUGCAGUUCUGACGUAGCAUGUCAAGGGAUCCAACCAAACUGUAUUCUGAGCCUAGGCAAAGCAACAGUAGUUACGUACGGCCUCUCCCUGACAAGCGGUGUAGCUGCUAGAAGCAGCCGGUACCCAUAACAUUCCCCCGCCUCGGCCAACGGCUCCAUUGUUAUUUUUGGCCAGGGACACAACUCUAUAACUCAGAAAAAUGACUGCUUAACCAUACACUAAAAUGACAUGAACAGCAUACAAGAACGGCAUUUGGUUGAAAGGGAGAAAAAUAUGAACCGGUCUAGAAAUCUCCAAAAGCACCCAGAUGGAGACUACUCCAAACAAUAAUGAACACGUGCGCACUCAGAGAAAGAGCUGUAGGUCAUGCUCAAUGGUUAACCGGACUAUAGUUGACACUACUGGGGGUGCUUUUGUACGGUGAGAACGCCUUGGUACAAUCAUAGUGGAGUCAGCGGAGCAGCGCUGAUGAACUGAAUGGGGGUGGUGUGUGCAUAA